GCCAAUCAAAUCUAAAAGAAGAAGGACGUCAUACGCAGCUAGCUGAAUGUCGCUGCUUACCAUGAACGGCUGUUAUGAUUGUUCUGAUUGUUAUGAUUGUUAUGAGGAUUAAUGUAGUGUUCUGAGGCUGACAAUGAUUUCAGUGAGCUACAUCCUGCUGUGUGGACAGUUCCUGCUGCUGCUGACGGUGAUUCUGUUACAAUGUCUGGAAGGAAUUCACUCCCAGAACUCGUCGACGACGGAGACUCCCGCUACUUCCCCCGGGCAGGGAGCCACGACGCUCCCGUUCAACAGCGAGCAGCCGCCCGAAGCACCGGACCUACCGGAAAGUACCAAUUAUACAGAGGCCUAUGAGUACAGACCCCCGUCACCAGUGGUCCUCUGCAGCUACCUGCCGGAGGAGUUCAUCUACUGUCAGGACCCCGUGGAUCAUGCAGGCAACAUGAGCGCCUCCGUGGAGAUGGGCCAUGGCUGUGUCGGGUGGGGUGGCCAGACGAAAAAAGAAGUGAACGUCACGCAGGUUAUCUGCACCGCUCUUGAUGGUAUAGAGUGUGCCGGACCCAGAGAGUUCCUCAGAGGAGAUGUACCAUGCAUCAAAUACACAGGACACUAUUUCAUCACCACACUGCUGUACUCCUUCUUCCUGGGCUGUUUUGGCGUUGAUCGUUUUUGCCUGGGCCACACCGGCACUGCCGUUGGGAAGCUGCUCACCCUGGGAGGCCUGGGAAUCUGGUGGUUUGUGGACCUGAUCCUGCUCAUCACGGGCGGCCUGAUGCCCAGCGAUAACAGCAACUGGUGUACCUACUACUGAGUCAGACAGCAGAGAGUGACUGAGGACUCUUCACAGCAUGUUAAAUAUUGAGAACUCCGGGGAUUCGGCUUCAGUUUGCGGAUAUGACUCUGUGAGCUCCAAGAGGAUUUACAGCUCUGCUGUGCAAAGUGGAGUCCAGGGACCUCCUGAGGACUCUACACGGCUCACAGGACCCUUGAGAAAAACUAAUUAGAUUUGAAUCUAGUCUAAGUCACCAGAAAUGUUCCUACUUUGAGAACACACAAGAACAACUACUGUACUCAGCUCUCAGCAGAACUGUCAGCUAAGGUCAUGUUUCAUAGCUGUAGUUCAGUUCAUGUGGAACAAACACUGAUACGGCCCCACACGCACCUGUUUUAACUGAUGGAUUAGGCAAAAUUACUGCACUCAUGGUGGCAUGCAUGUGUUACCAUGGUUACCAAAUGAUUAAUUUCUACAUUGCUUCUAAGACAGUUGAUCAGUAGAUGAGUUUAAUAUUUGUCCAGCUUGUUGCAUUGCUGUCAUUGUUGCCAGCCAACGUCCAGAUAACAAACAUAAAGUUCCUCAAGUGAAAUGAAGCACCGCUGUGUCCGUGUGUGUCCGUGUGUGUCCGUGUCCGCUCUGUGUGGGAAUCAAAAGUUUUGGGAUUUGAUGAAUGUCCUGCGGAAAAAUACAAUUCAGUUGACAUGUACAUUGCAGUCCAUGUUUUCUGCAACUUACACACACAUGCACACGCAUGCUGCAGAGUGAUACAGCCUCGUUGACAGUCACUGCUCACAUACUUAAUAUUUCAUACUGACCAAGAAUCCUCCGCUUUAGUUAAACUCUGCGCAUUGAUCUUAGAAAUAUUCUGCAGUUUCCAGAGGGCAAAAUCCUACACGGAGCUCUCAUCAUAGCUCUCCUUCUUCAAAUUACCAAAGCACUCAGCUUUGACCCUUCACUGUCCGCCUCCGCUGGUGGAGUUCUGACUUCUGAUUUUCUCUGCUGUUUUGAUGCAUUCCAACUACUCAGAUUGAUUAAUGUUAGAGUUUAAAGCCAGGAGGAAGACUAGUCUAAAGACGGACAGUUUUCACAUGAGUCACUUUAACGAGGUGAUGAUUUAGUGGUUUUCAGCAUGAACUUGAGGAGAGCAGUAAAUUCCAUCACCUCUUUACAUUCAGGUGUAGUCUGAACCUGUUCAAAUGUCUCCAACUAAACCAAACUUCCAUCUUCAUUGACUUUCUUCAGCUCGGCUUCCACUUUGUUACAUUUCUGAACUGGAGCUUUAUGUUCUCUUUCAUACAGUGAGCUGGUUUCAUUAUGUUAAUGGCUCCACAAAACCCUUUUGACUUCUUUCACAAUCCGACAGUUUGCAGUAUGCUGCCUUACAGAAAAAUCUUUCCUCUUUAUCGAUUUUUGUUCGUUUUCAUUCUCAAAUCUCAAUCCAGCUCUGUCUCAGUGUGAAAACAAACUGAAGCAUUCUGUGUUCAGGCCUCUUUGAAGACAUUGUAAAAUAGUUUAUGUACAUGUAUAGAUUAUUGAUUCACCAAACAAAUGCUUGACUUGGGAAAUGCUUUAUAUUCUUUAACUUCAGUCCACUCCACUAUUUAUUAUGUGCAUUAUCAGUGUCUUAUGUGACUUUAUUUAUGUAAAUAAAGAGUUGCCAGUCGAGAUAGAAUUGAGGUGAUGUGAUGAGUUAAUGAAGGUUAUAACAGACUGUUGUGAUGCUGAGGCAGAAUCUAAAGUGUCUCAUGCUGUAUUCUCACUCUUCACAGUUGUUACGACUCAAUAAAAACUAUCUGGAACAUUG